AUGACACGAAAGAUGUACAUGGGCAUGACCGGCAAGAACCUUAACUGGGCAAUCAGCACAAUCGCAGGAUGCGACUUUCUGCUCUUUGGUUAUGGUAAAAACUCCCUCUGCAGUUCCUGCUACACGCGACUUCAUGCUAACGCGUUGGCGACAACAGACCAGGGCGUCAUGGGCGGCAUUCUGACGCUUCCCAUCUUCUUGGAGCAGUUCCCCCAGAUCAAUGAUCUUUCUGACGCGCCAAACAUGGACCAGCUUCCUGGUUCCCGGUCGCAGCGCAGUCUAAACCAGGGCAUUGCCGUGGCCUCGUACAACCUCGGCUGCUUCCUCGGCGCCGUCAUUACCAUCUUCAUCGGAAACCCCCUCGGCCGUCGCCGCAUGAUUUUCCUCGGCACCGCCAUCAUGACCGUCGGCGCAGUUCUACAGGCCUCGGCAUUCACCCUCGAACACUUCAUUAUCGGUCGCAUCAUUACUGGCAUUGGCAACGGUGGCAAUACUUCGACGGUUCCCAUGUGGCAGUCAGAGACCUGCUCGUCGCACAAACGUGGCAAGCUGGUCAUGAUAGAAGGUGCUCUGAUUACCUUCGGUAUCAUGAUCUCCUACUGGAUCGACCUUGGCCUAUCCUUCACCAACACCUCCGUCUCCUGGCGCUUCCCCCUCGCUUUUCAGCUCGUCUUUUGUGUCUUCAUUCUCGCCUUUGUCAUGGCUCUCCCCGAGUCCCCGCGCUGGUUGAUUCUCAAGGGCCACGAGGCCGAAGCGCGCAACGUCAUCGCUGCGAUUGCGGACAAGGAGGUGGAGGACCCCCUUGUCGACAUCGAGUACCGUGCCAUCAAGGAGACCGCUGAACAGAGUGCGGGCGGCUAUAGCGAAGUGUUCCGCAUGGACGAGAACCGCACGCUGCAUCGUACCAUUCUUGGUUAUGUCAAUCAAAUGUUCCAACAAAUUAGCGGCAUCAACCUCAUCACCUACUACGCCGCCAAGAUUUACGCUGACCUCGGAAUGAGCCCAUUCCUUGCUCGUUUGCUUGCUGCUCUGAACGGGACCGAAUACUUCAUCGCCUCUUGGCCGGCUGUCUUCCUGGUCGAGCGAGUCGGACGCCGCAAGCUGAUGCUGUUCGGCGCUGUCGGUCAGGCAUGCACCAUGGCGAUCCUAGCCGGUGUCAACUCGCACAAGACUGACACUACCCGCAUUGCCGGUGUCGUCUUCUUAUUUGUCUUCAACACAUUCUUCGCCGUCGGCUGGCUCGGCAUGACCUGGUUGUACCCUGCCGAAAUCACCCCUCUCCGUACCCGUGCCCCGGCCAACGCUCUGUCGACAUCGGCCAACUGGAUCUUCAACUUCAUGGUGGUCAUGAUCACCCCCGUCUCAUUUACCAAUAUUGACUACCACACUUACACCAUCUUCGCCAUCAUCAACGCCAUCAUGGUGCCUUCGGUCUACUUCUUCUUCCCUGAGACGGCCUACCGCUCGCUCGAGGAAAUGGACACCAUCUUCCGCAAGGUUACAGGGCUCAGGGGCGCACUCGACGUAGUCAAGGUCGCCCGCGAGACACCCCACCGAUACGGCAAGAACGGAGAACUUCUCAUUGCUUUCGAUGAGCCUGAGGAAAAGGUCGAGGCCGAGCACGCCAGCGGCCAUGCCAGCGACGGCAGUGGCAAGAAUAACAAUAACAAUGCCUUGUUCACCAAGACUGACGAGGAGACGUCACGCCCGCAAGAGAAGUGA